AUGGCCACCGCAAACGAACUUCCGCCUUUGGGUCCCCUCUUCAAUGCCAACGCAAAGCGAACAUAUAGCGUAUUUGCAGCUUAUCCUGAUUCGGGAUAUAAGGAGGAUGAGAAGAGUGCAAGAGCACGGCUAUCAUCGAAGAUUGAGUCAGAAUAUAAGCACUACAAGCAGUUACCGACCGCCCUGCUCGCGCAACAGGCUCCUGUUGGCCCGGCAAGACCGAAGGAGCAAAGGAAAGCUAUCACAGCUGGUCCAUCAGCAGGACCGUCGACAGACACUUCGCGCAUGAUAGCCAAGAUCGACAAUACGCCUAUUCAAACACAAUCGACAUUCACCAACUCCUCCAAACUCUCCCAGGCUUUGACACUACACAAGACUACCCGCACGCUGAAACCCGAGUUCCACCCACAAUGGAAACUCACGCGCGUUAUAUCCGGCCAUUUAGGCUGGGUACGAGCCGUGGCCGUCGAACCUGGCAACAAAUGGUUCGCCACAGGCGCCGGCGACCGCGUCAUCAAAAUCUGGGACCUGGCCUCAGGCGAGCUCAAGCUCUCAUUGACCGGCCACAUCUCCACCGUACGCGGUCUGGCCGUUUCCCCGCGUCACCCCUACCUCUUCUCGUGCGGCGAGGACAAGAUGGUGAAAUGCUGGGAUUUGGAGGCGAAUAAAGUCAUCAGGCAUUACCACGGUCAUUUGAGUGGUAUCUAUGCGUUGGCGUUGCACCCGACGCUGGAUGUCCUUGUCACGGCAGGACGAGAUGCGAGUACGAGGGUGUGGGAUAUGAGGACGAAGCAGAUGGUCCAUGCGUUGACGGGCCAUACGGGGACGGUCGCGGCGGUUCAGUGUCAGGACUCGGACCCGCAGGUCAUUACUGGGUCUAUGGACAGCACCAUCAGGUUAUGGGACCUCGCGGCCGGCAAGACCAUGACGACCCUAACGCACCACAAAAAGUCCGUCCGGGCGUUGACAGUCCACCCAACCGAGUUCUCCUUCGCCUCGGGCUCCGCCGGCGGGAACAACAUCAAGAAGUGGAAAUGCCCCGACGGCAACUUCGUCUUCAACUUCUCCGGCCACAAUGCCAUCAUCAACACCAUGUCCGUCAACAGCGAAGGCGUUCUGUUCAGCGGUGGCGAUAACGGGACGCUGACAUUGUGGGACUAUGCGACGGGGACGCCGUUCCAGCAUAUGGAGGACAUACCGCAGCCGGGAAGUUUGGAGGCUGAGGCGGGUGUGUUUUGUUCGACGUUUGAUGUUACGGGGACGAGGUUGAUUACGGGUGGGGCGGAUAAGACUAUCAAGGUGUACUCGGAGCAAGCCCAAUGA